AUGCUUUGGUGGGAAGAAGAAGAGGACUGUUAUGAAAGAGAAGAUGUUCAAAAGAAAACAUUCACAAAAUGGAUAAAUGUACAAUUUUCUAAGUUUGGGAAGCAGCACAUAGAAAACCUCUUCAGUGACCUGCAGGAUGGGAGUCGCCUCCUGGACCUUCUAGAAGGCCUCACAAAUCAAAAACUGCCAAAAGAAAAAGGAUCCACAAGAGUUCAUGCCCUGAACAAUGUCAACAAAGCGCUGCAGUUUUUGCAGAAAAAUAAUGUUGAUUUGGUGAAUAUUGGAAGCUCUGACAUAGUAGAUGGAAAUCACAAAUUGACUCUUGGUUUGAUUUGGAAUAUAAUCCUCCACUGGCAGGUCAAAAAUGUAAUGAAAAAUAUCAUGGCUGGAUUGCAACAAACCAACAGUGAAAAGAUUCUCCUGAGCUGGGUCCGACAAUCAACUCGUAAUUAUCCACAGGUUAAUGUCAUUAACUUCACCACCAGCUGGUCUGACGGUCUGGCUUUGAAUGCUCUCAUCCACAGUCAUAGGCCAGACCUGUUUGAUUGGAAUAGUGUGGUUUCCCAGCAGUCAGCUGCACAAAGACUGGAACAUGCAUUCAAUAUCGCAAAAUCUCAAUUAGGCAUAGAGAAACUACUGGAUCCUGAAGAUGUUGCCACUACUUAUCCAGAUAAGAAGUCCAUCUUAAUGUACAUCACAUCACUCUUUCAAGUUUUGCCUCAACAAGUGAGCAUUGAAGCCAUCCAGGAAGUGGAAAUGCUGCCAAGACCAUCCAAAGUUACUAGAGAAGAACACUUUCAGUUACAUCAUCAAAUGCACUAUUCUCAACAGAUCACAGUCAGUCUAGCACAGGGCUAUGAACGAACUCCUUCCUCUCCUAAGCCUCGGUUCAAGAGCUAUGCCUAUGCGCAGGCUGCUUAUAUCGCCACCUCUGACCCCACACGGAGCCCAUUUCCUUCACAGCAUUUGGGAGCUCCUGAGGACAAGUCAUUUGGUGGUUCAUUGAUGGGGACAGAAGUAAACCUGGACAGUUACCAAACAGCUCUAGAGGAAGUACUUUCGUGGCUUCUAUCAGCUGAGGACACAUUACAAGCACAAGGAGAGAUUUCUAAAGAUGUAGAGGAAGUGAAAGAACAAUUUCAUACUCAUGAGGGGUACAUGAUGGACUUGACAUCCCAUCAGGGACGGGUUGGUAAUGUCCUCCAAUUGGGAAGUCAGCUGCUUCGGACAGGAAAGUUAUCAGAGGAUGAAGAAACUGAAGUACAAGAACAAAUGAAUCUCCUAAAUUCAAGAUGGGAAUGCCUCAGGGUAGCUAGCAUGGAAAAGCAAAGCAAUUUACAUAAAGUCCUAAUGGAUCUCCAGAAUCAGCAACUAAAAGAGUUAAAUGAUUGGCUUACAAAAACAGAAGAGAGAACAAGGAAAAUGGAGACAGAGACUCUUGGACCUGAUCUUGAGGACCUAAAACGCCAAAUACAACAACAUAAGGUGCUUCAAGAAGAUCUAGAACAGGAACAAGUCAGGGUCAAUUCUCUCACUCACAUGGUGGUAGUAGUUGACGAAUCUAGUGGAGAUCAUGCAACCACUGCUUUGGAAGAACAACUUAAGGUGCUGGGAGAUCGAUGGGCAAACAUCUGUAGGUGGACAGAAGAUCGCUGGGUUCUUUUACAAGACAUACUUCUAAAAUGGCAGCGUUUUACUGAAGAACAGUGCCUUUUUAGCACAUGGCUUUCAGAAAAAGAAGAUGCAGUGAGCAAGAUUCACACAAGUGGCUUUAAGGAUCAAAGUGAAAAGUUAUCAAGUCUUCAAAAGCUGGCUGUUUUGAAAACAGAGGUAGAAAAUAAAAGGGAAAACAUGAACAAACUCCGGUCACUUUACCAAGAUCUUCUUGCAACAUUGAAAUAUACAUCAGUAACACAAAAAAUGGAAGCACGGCUGAACAACUUUGCCCAGCGCUGGGAUAAUUUAGUCCAAAAACUUGAAAAGAGUUCAGCACAGAUUUCACAGACUGUCACCACCACUCAGCCAUCACUAACACAAAGAACUGUAAUGGAAACUGUAACUAUGGUGACCACAAGAGAACAAAUCCUGGUAAAGCAUGCCCAAGAGGAACUCCCACCGCCACCUCCCCAAAAGAAGAGGCAGAUUCUUUUGGAUUCUGAAAUUAGAAAAAGGUUGGAUGUCGACAUAACAGAACUUCACAGUUGGAUAACUCGUUCAGAAGCUGUGUUGCAGAGUCCUGAAUUUGCCAUCUUUCGGAAAGAUGGCAACCUCUCAGACCUUAAAGAAAAAGUCAAUGCUAUAGAACGAGAAAAAGCCGAGAAGUUCAGAAAACUACAAGAUGCCAGCAGAUCAGCUCAGGCCCUCGUGGAACAGAUGGUGAAUGAGGGUGUCAAUGCUGACAGCAUCAAACAAGCCUCAGAACAACUGAACAGCCGGUGGAAUGAGUUCUGCCAAUUGUUGAGUGAGAGACUUAACUGGUUGGAUUAUCAGAACAACAUCAUCACUUUCUAUAAUCAGCUACAACAAUUGGAACACAUGACAACUACUGCUGACAACUGGUUGAAAACCCAACCUACCACUAUCUCAGAGCCCACAGUAAUUAAAAGCCAAUUAAAAAUUUGUAAGGAUGAAGUCAACCGGCUGUCAGCUCUUCAGCCUCAAAUAGAGCGAUUAAAAAGUCAAAGCAUAGCCCUGAAAGAGAAAGGACAAGGGCCAAUGUUCCUGGAUGCAGACUUUGUGGCCUUUACAAAUCAUUUUAACCAAGUCUUUGCUGAUGUGCAGGCCAGAGAAAAAGAGCUACAGAAAAUUUUUGACGCCUUGCCACCCAUGCGCUAUCAGGAGACUAUGACUACCAUCCUGAUGUGGAUCCAGCAAUCAGAAAGCAAACUCUCUGUACCUCAGGUUACCGUCACUGAAUAUGAAAUCAUGGAGCAGAGAUUUGGGGAGUUACAGGCUUUACAAAGUUCUCUGAGAGAACAGCAAAGUGGUCUAAACUAUCUGAGCACCACCGUGAAAGAGAUGUCAAAGAAAGCCCCCUCUGAUAUUAGCCAGAAAUAUCAAUCAGAAUUUGAAGACAUCGAAGGCCGCUGGAAGAAGCUUUCCUCCCAGUUGGUAGAACGUUGCCAAAAGCUAGAAGAGCACAUGGCUAAACUCCGAAAAAUUAAGAAUCACAUACAAACUCUGAAGAAAUGGAUGGCUGAGGUUGAUGUUUUCCUGAAAGAAGAAUGGCCUGCCCUUGGGGAUUCAGAAAUUCUUAAAAAACAGCUGAAACAAUGCAGGCUUUUAGUCAAUGAUAUUCAGACAAUUCAGCCCAGUCUAACCAGUGUCAAUGAAGGUGGGCAAAAAAUAAAGAAUGAAGCGGAGCCAGAAUUUGCUUCUAGACUUGACACAGAACUCAGAGAUCUUAACACUCAGUGGGAUCACAUUUGCCAACAGGUCUACACGAGAAAGGAAGCCUUAAAAGAAGGCUUGGAUAAAACUGUAAGCCUUCAGAAAGAUCUGUCAGAAAUGCAUGAGUGGAUGACGCAAGCUGAAGAAGAAUACCUAGAGAGAGAUUUUGAAUAUAAAACCCCUGAUGAAUUACAGAAAGCAGUUGAGGAGAUGAAGAGAGCUAAAGAAGAGGCCCAGCAAAAGGAAGCCAAAGUGAAACUCCUUACAGAGUCCGUGAAUAGUGUCAUAGCUCAAGCUCCACCUGUAGCACAAGAGGCCUUAAAAAAGGAACUUGACACUCUCACCACUAACUACCAGUGGCUCUGUACCAGGCUGAAUGGGAAGUGCAAGACUUUGGAAGAGGUUUGGGCAUGUUGGCAUGAGUUACUGUCUUACUUGGAGAAGGCAAACAAGUGGCUGAAUGAAGUAGAAUUGAAACUUAAAGCCACUGAAACUAUUCCUGGUGGAAGUGAGGAAAUCGCCAAGGUGUUAGAAUCACUUGAAAAUUUGAUGCAACAUUCAGAGGAUAACCCGAAUCAGAUUCGCAUAUUGGCACAGACCCUGACAGAUGGUGGAGUCAUGGAUGAACUGAUCAAUGAGGAGCUUGAGACAUUUAAUUCUCGUUGGAGAGAACUACAUGAAGAGGCUGUGAGGAGGCAAAAGUUGCUUGAACAGAGUAUCCAGUCUGCCCAGGAAAUUGAAAAAUCCUUGCACUUAAUUCAGGAGUCCCUCUCAUCCAUUGACAAGCAGUUGGCAGCUUAUAUUGCCGACAAAGUGGAUGCAGCUCAAAUGCCUCAGGAAGCCCAGAAAAUCCAAUCCGAUUUGACAAGUCAUGAGAUCAGUUUAGAAGAAAUGAAGAAACGUCACCAGGAAAAGGAGGCUGCCCAAAGGGUACUAUCCCAAAUUGAUGUGGCCCAGAAAAAAUUGCAAGAGGUUUCCAUGAAGUUUCGGUUAUUCCAGAAGCCAGCCAAUUUUGAACAGCGUCUACAGGAAAGUAAGAUGAUUUUAGAUGAAGUGAAGAUGCACUUGCCUGCAUUGGAAACAAAGAGCAUUGAACAGGAAGUAGUACAGUCACAGUUGAAUCACUGUGUGAACUUGUAUAAAAGUUUGAGUGAAGUGAAGUCUGAAGUGGAGAUGGUGAUAAAAACUGGACGUCAGAUUGUACAGAAGAAACAGACGGAAAACCCUAAAGAGCUUGAUGAAAGAAUAACAGCUUUGAAAUUGCAUUAUAAUGAGCUGGGAGCAAAGGUAACAGAAAGAAAGCAACAGUUGGAAAAAUGUUUGAAAUUGUCCCGAAAGAUGCGGAAGGAAAUGAAUGCCUUGACAGAAUGGCUGGCAGCUACAGAUAUGGAAUUGACAAAGAGAUCAGCAGUUGAAGGAAUGCCUAGUAAUUUGGAUUCUGAAGUUGCCUGGGGAAAGGCUGCUCAGAAAGAGGUUGAAAAACAGAAGGCUCACCUAAAGAGUGUCACGGAUCUUGGAGAGGCCUUGAAAACAGUUUUGGGCAAGAAGGAAACCUUGGUGGAAGAUAAACUGAGUCUGCUAAAUAGUAACUGGGUAGCUGUCACUUCCCGAGCAGAAGAGUGGUUAAACCUUUUGUUGGAAUACCAGAAACACAUGGAAAACUUUGACCAGAAUGUGGAGCACAUCACAAAAUGGAUCAUUCAUGCUGAUACACUUUUGGAGGAAUCUGAGAAAAAGAAACCCCAGCAAAAAGAAGACGUGCUUAAGCGUUUAAAGGCUGAAAUGAAUGACAUGCGCCCAAAGGUGGACUCCACACGUGACCAAGCAACAAACUUGAUGGCAAACCGCGGCGAGCACUGCAGGAAAGUAAUAGAGCCCAAAAUCUCAGAGCUCAACCAUCGAUUUGCAGCCAUUUCUCACAGAAUUAAGACUGGAAAGGCCUCCAUUCCUUUGAAGGAAUUGGAGCAGUUUAACUCAGAUAUACAAAAAUUGCUUGAACCACUGGAGGCUGAAAUUCAGCAGGGGGUGAAUCUGAAAGAGGAAGACUUCAAUAAAGAUAUGAGUGAAGACAAUGAGGGUACUGUAAAAGAAUUGUUGCAAAGAGGAGACCACUUACAACAAAGAAUCACAGAUGAGAGAAAGCGAGAGGAAAUAAAGAUAAAACAGCAGCUGUUACAGACAAAACAUAAUGCUCUCAAGGAUUUGAGGUCUCAAAGAAGAAAAAAGGCUCUAGAAAUUUCUCAUCAGUGGUAUCAGUACAAGAGGCAGGCUGAUGAUCUCCUGAAAUGCUUGGAUGAUAUUGAAAAAAAAUUAGCCAGUCUACCUGAACCGAGAGAUGAAAGGAAAAUAAAGGAAAUUGAUCGUGAAUUGCAGAAGAAGAAAGAGGAGCUGAAUGCAGUGCGUAGGCAAGCUGAGGGCUUGUCUAAGGAUGGGGCCGCAAUGGCAGUGGAGCCAACUCAGAUCCAGCUCAGCAAUCGCUGGAGGGAAAUUGAGAGCAAAUUUGCUCAGUUUCGAAGACUCAACUUUGCACAAAUUCACACAGUCCGUGAAGAAUCGGUGAUGGUGAUGACUGAAGACAUGCCUUUGGAAAUUUCUUAUGUGCCUUCAACUUAUCUGACUGAGAUCACUCAUGUCUCACAAGCUCUAUCAGAAGUGGAACAACUUAUUAAUGCUCCUGACCUCUGUGCUAAAGAUUUUGAAGAUCUCUUUAAACAAGAGGAGUCGCUGAAGAAAAUAAAAGACAACUUGCAACAAAUCUCAGGUCGGAUUGACAUCAUUCACAAUAAGAAGACAGGAGCAUUGCAGAAUGCUACACCUGCAGAAAGGGCAGAGAUCCAGGAAGCUCUCUCAUGGCUGGAUUUCCAAUGGGAAAGAAUUAACAAAAUGUACAAGGAUCGCCAAGGGCAUUUUGACAGAUCUGUUGAAAAAUGGCGACGGUUUCAUUAUGAUAUGAAGGUAUUUAAUCAAUGGCUAACAGACGCUGAACAGUUUCUCAAAAGGACACAAACUCCUGAGAAUUGGGAGCAUGCCAAAUAUAAAUGGUAUCUUAAGGAACUCCAGGAUGGCAUCGAGCAGCGGCAAAUUGCUGUCAGAGUAUUGAAUUCAAUUGGGGAAGAGAUAAUUCAACAGUCCUCAAAAACAGAUGCCGGUAUUCUACAAGAAAAAUUGGGCAGCCUGAAUCUGCGGUGGCAGGAGGUCUGCAAACAGCUGGCAGAAAGAAGAAAGAGACUAGAACAACAAAAGAAUAUCUUGUCAGAAUUUCAAAGAGAUUUAAAUGAAUUUAUUUUCUGGUUGGAAGAAGUGGAUAACAUUACUACUAUUGCACCUGAACCUGGAAAUGAGCAGCUGCUAAAAGAAAAACUUGAACACGUCAAGUUACUCGUGGAAGAGCUACCCCUGCGCCAGGGAAUUCUAAAACAAUUAAAUGAAACAGGAGGAACAGUGCUUGUCAGUGCUCCCAUAAGCCCAGAAGAGCAAGAUAAACUUGAAAAGAAGCUCAAGCAGACAAAUCUUCAGUGGAUAAAGGUUUCUAGAGACUUACCUACAAAACAAGGAGAACUUGAGGCUAACAUAAAAGAUCUUGGACAACUUGAAGAACAAUUAAAUCAUCUGCUUCUGUGGCUGUCUCCCAUUAGGAAUCAGUUGGAAAUUCUCAAUCAACCAACUCAAAGAGGACCAUUUGAUAUUAAGGAAACCGAAGUAGCAGUUCAAGCUAAACAGCCGGAUGUGGAAGGGAUUUUGUCUAAAGGGCAGCAUUUGUACAAGGAAAAACCAGCCACUGAGCCAGUGAAGAGGAAGUUAGAAGAUCUGAGCUCUGAGUGGAAGGUGGUAACCUGUUUACUUCAAGAGCUGAGAGCAAAGCAGCCUGGCCCAGCUCCUGGACUGGCCACUGUUGGAGCCUCUCCUAGUCAGACUGUUACGCUGGUGACACAACCUGUGGUUACCAAGGAAACUGCCAUCUCCAAACUUGAAAUGCCAUCCACCUUGCUUUUGGAAGUACCUGCUCUAGCAGAUUUCAACCGGGCUUGGACAGAACUUACAGACUGGCUGUCUCUGCUUGAUCGAGUUAUAAAGUCGCAGAGAGUGAUGGUGGGUGAUCUUGAAGACAUCAACAACAUGAUCAUGAAGCAGAAGGCCACGCUGCAGGAUUUGGAACAGAGGCGCCCCCAGUUGGAAGAACUCAUUACUGCUGCCCAGAAUUUGAAAAACAAGACCAGCAAUCAAGAGGCUAGAACAAUCAUUACUGAUCGAAUUGAAAGAAUUCAGAAUCAGUGGGAUGAAGUACAGGAACACCUUCAGAACCGGAGGCAACAGUUGAAUGAAAUGUUGAAAGAUUCAACACAAUGGCUGGAAGCUAAGGAAGAAGCUGAGCAGGUCUUGGGGCAGGUCAGAGGCAAGCUUGAGUCCUGGAAGGAGGGUCCCUACACAACGGAUGCAAUCCAAAAGAAAAUCAAAGAAACCAAGCAGCUGGCCAAAGACCUCCGCCAGUGGAAGAUAAAUGUAGAUGUGGCAAAUGACUUGGCACUGAAACUUCUCCGGGAUUAUUCUGAAGAUGAUACCAGAAAAGUACACAUAAUUACAGAGAACAUCAAUGCCUCUUGGGCAAGCAUUCAGAAAAGAGUGAACGAGCAAGAGGCUGCUUUAGAAGAAAUUUAUAGAUUACUGCAACAGUUCCCCCUGGACUUGGAGAAGUUCCUUGCCUGGCUUACAGAAGCUGAAACCACUGCCAACGUCCUACAGGAUGCUACCCAUAAAGAAAAGCUCUUAGAAGAUUCCAAGGGAGUAAGAGAGCUGAUGAAACAAUGGCAAGACCUCCAAGGAGAAAUAGAAGCUCACACUGAUAUCUACCACAACCUAGAUGAAAAUGGCCAAAAAAUCCUGAGAUCCCUGGAAGGUUCUGAUGAUGCAGUCCUGUUACAAAGACGUUUGGAUAACAUGAACUUCAAGUGGAGUGAGCUGCGGAAAAAGUCUCUCAACAUUAGAUCACAUUUGGAAGCCAGUUCUGACCAGUGGAAGCGUCUGCACCUUUCUCUUCAAGAACUUCUGGUGUGGCUACAGCUGAAAGAUGAUGAGUUAAGCCGGCAGGCACCUAUUGGGGGUGAUUUUCCAACAGUUCAGAAGCAGAAUGAUGUACAGAGGGCCUUCAAGAGGGAAUUGAAAAUGAAAGAACCUGUAAUCAUGAGUACUCUUGAGACUGUACGAAUAUUUCUGACAGAGCAGCCUUUGGAAGGACUAGAGAAACUCUACCAGGAGCCCAGAGAGCUGCCACCUGAAGAAAAAGCCCAGAAUGUCACACGGCUCCUACGAAAGCAAGCUGAGGAGGUGAACACUGAAUGGGAAAAAUUGAACCUGCACUCUGCUGACUGGCAGAGAAAACUCGAUGAAGCCCUCGAAAGACUCCAGGAACUUCAGGAGGCCUCAGAUGAGCUGGACCUCAAACUACGUCAAGCUGAGGUGAUUAAGGGAUCCUGGCAACCCGUGGGUGAUCUCCUUAUUGACUCUCUUCAGGAUCACCUGGAAAAAGUCAAGGCACUUCGAGGAGAAAUUGCGCCUCUUAAAGAGAACGUAAGCCACGUCAAUGACCUUGCUCGUCAACUCACCACAUUGGGCAUUCAGUUGUCACCAUAUAACCUCAAUAUUCUGGAAGACCUGAACACCAGAUGGAAACUUCUUCAGGUGGCUGUUGAGGACCGCAUCAGGCAGCUGCAUGAAGCUCACAGAGACUUUGGCCCAGCGUCCCAGCACUUUCUUUCCACUUCUGUCCAGGGUCCCUGGGAGAGAGCCAUCUCGCCAAACAAAGUGCCCUACUAUAUCAACCACGAGACCCAAACAACAUGCUGGGACCAUCCCAAAAUGACAGAGCUCUACCAGUCAUUAGCUGACCUGAAUAAUGUCAGGUUCUCGGCUUAUAGGACUGCCAUGAAACUCCGAAGACUGCAGAAGGCUCUUUGCUUGGACCUCUUGAGCCUGUCAGCCGCAUGUGAUGCUUUGGAUCAGCACAAUCUCAAGCAAAACGACCAGCCCAUGGACAUCCUGCAGAUCAUUAAUUGUUUGACCACUAUCUAUGACCGCCUGGAGCAAGAGCACAACAAUCUGGUCAACGUCCCUCUCUGCGUGGAUAUGUGUCUCAAUUGGCUGCUGAAUGUUUAUGACACGGGACGCACGGGGAGGAUCCGGGUCCUGUCUUUUAAAACAGGCAUCAUUUCUCUGUGUAAAGCACACUUGGAAGACAAGUACAGAUACCUUUUCAAGCAAGUGGCAAGUUCAACUGGAUUUUGUGACCAGCGCAGGCUGGGCCUCCUUCUGCAUGAUUCCAUCCAAAUCCCAAGACAGUUGGGUGAAGUUGCAUCCUUUGGGGGCAGUAACAUUGAGCCGAGUGUCAGAAGCUGCUUCCAGUUUGCCAAUAAUAAGCCCGAGAUCGAAGCGGCCCUCUUCCUAGACUGGAUGAGGCUGGAACCCCAGUCCAUGGUGUGGCUACCAGUCCUGCACAGAGUGGCUGCUGCGGAAACCGCCAAGCAUCAGGCCAAGUGUAACAUCUGCAAGGAGUGCCCAAUCAUUGGAUUCAGGUACAGGAGUCUGAAGCACUUUAAUUAUGACAUCUGCCAAAGUUGCUUUUUUUCUGGUCGUGUUGCGAAAGGCCAUAAAAUGCACUACCCCAUGGUGGAAUAUUGCACUCCGACUACAUCUGGAGAAGAUGUUCGUGACUUUGCCAAGGUACUAAAAAACAAAUUUCGAACCAAAAGGUAUUUUGCGAAGCAUCCCCGAAUGGGAUACCUGCCAGUGCAGACUGUCUUAGAGGGGGACAACAUGGAAACUCCUGUUACUCUGAUCAACUUCUGGCCGGUAGAUUCUGCGCCUGCCUCGUCCCCUCAACUUUCACACGAUGAUACUCAUUCACGCAUUGAACAUUAUGCUAGCAGGCUAGCAGAAAUGGAAAACAGCAAUGGAUCUUAUCUAAAUGAUAGCAUCUCUCCUAAUGAGAGCAUAGAUGAUGAACAUUUGUUAAUCCAGCAUUACUGCCAAAGUUUGAACCAGGACUCCCCCCUGAGCCAGCCUCGUAGUCCUGCCCAGAUCUUGAUUUCCUUAGAGAGUGAGGAAAGAGGGGAGCUAGAGAGAAUCCUAGCAGAUCUUGAGGAAGAAAACAGGAAUCUGCAAGCAGAAUAUGAUCGUCUGAAGCAGCAGCAUGAACACAAAGGCCUGUCCCCACUGCCGUCUCCUCCAGAAAUGAUGCCCACCUCUCCUCAGAGUCCCAGGGAUGCUGAGCUCAUUGCUGAGGCCAAGCUACUUCGUCAACACAAAGGCCGCCUGGAAGCCAGGAUGCAAAUCCUGGAGGACCACAAUAAACAGCUGGAGUCCCAGUUGCAUAGGCUAAGGCAGCUGCUGGAGCAACCCCAAGCAGAGGCCAAGGUGAAUGGAACAACUGUCUCCUCACCUUCUACCUCUCUUCAGAGGUCAGACAGCAGUCAGCCUAUGCUGCUCCGGGUGGUUGGCAGUCAAACUUCAGAAUCCAUGGGCGAGGAAGAUCUUCUGAGUCCUCCCCAAGACACAAGCACAGGGUUAGAGGAAGUGAUGGAGCAACUCAACAACUCGUUCCCUAGUUCAAGAGGAAGAAAUCCCCCUGGGAAGCCAAUGAGAGAGGACACAAUGUAG